GAAAACUGCGCAGAAUUCCUGCUUUUUUGGGGAUUGUUCUUCGUUUUUGCUGGCUUUGAUUACUCCAAUUAAAUUUUUGGAUUCUCCCUGGGCGUGUUCACGCUGUUCUAGGAAGGUUUCGGUUUUUGCGAUCGUGAGGGUUCGCAUCGCCAUUGUUCCUCUGCACGGCCAGAAGCUCGCUCAUCGGCGGUGUUCAUCAACAAACGAUGAAUCCUCCGCAUCCGCCGCCUGUUGCAGCCCCCGGUCCGGCCGCCGUCGUGCCGAUAAGCCCAGACGCCCCUGAGGGUUUUGAUCAAGUACAGAUGGAAAGCGAACCCCUGCCCAACUGAUCCACGAAGCCACUUCCGGUCGCAUUUCCAGGCUCUGUUGUUGAUUGUCGCCAGCUGCGAAAGGGAGACGUAAUCCUUCUGAGGCUCUGAGCCAAUGCAAUCGACGGGAUAACUACGGAACACCGCCCAGUUGCCCAUAUAUACAGAGUACGGACUGAACCUUAUUCCCCAACACACAGCAAGUCACCCACUAGGCGCUCCGCCGCGCACUGACAACCUGUGCAGCGGAAAGAGCUGUCCGUGCACUGCACUGCAUCGCGUCGAAUUGACCGGAUCAGUGAGCGAGAGCUGGAGCGAGGAGCCCCUUCUAAUCCGACGUUGGCAGUACGACGCCAGGGAUCCGCCGGCAGCGGCUGCGGCAGUUAAUUGACGGAGACUCGGCACUGCCGGAAGAAGCAGUCCCGGCCAAGGCGCAGCACUAGCCUGCAGUCAAACUUAUAUAUAGGCGCUCGCUCCUGCGCUCCUCUGCUGGGAGCCAACGAAUAAUGUAGCGUCCCAGCCAGCAGUUCUUCUGUGUCGCCGAAUAUCAACUAUCUGUAUACUGCAGUCGUUCCUGGGAAUAAAGUGAAAUGGCCGCCCAUUGCAAGUGGGCAAUAUGCAGAUCCGUACUAGCCGGCGCCGACCGGAAGCUGGCUUGUUUGCUGCUGGCUGCACUGUGCGCCGCCAGCUGGAUGCCAGCUGUGAGGAGCCAGUACUGGGACGCGAGCGGGUACAACCGGCUGAACCCCAUCACCUACUACGGCUUCACGCAGCCCUACUACUCGGGCUUCUACGGCGGCAUCGGCGCCAUGCCCUACAUGUCGGGCUGGCAGGCCUCCAUCUACGGCGGCAGUCCGCUGGGCGCCCUCAGCUGGCUGGGCGCCGGCGCCUACGGUCUCGGCGGCGGCGGCGGCAUGGGCGGCGCCAUGGGCGGCUUCGGCAUGCCCGGCUGGAACGCCGCCCCCUCCGUCAGGCCCCACCGCUGUAACGCCGCCGCGGUGGCCCUCUCGCUCCUCGCCAUCGUCAGCAGUCUCCGCACAUCGCGGUAGCCAGCGCUCUUACGAGCGUGUGCCUGCGGGAUAAAUGCAGCCGGCAACGGGCCUGGCAUCCGUGUACGGAGCGCUUUGGCGGGGAUUGACGCUGUUAAUAGCCGUGUAUAUAUAGUGCCGGCAAUGCUGAUGGGUGACAAUUGCGAAGCUGCUUCGUGAACACUACAGAGUACCGACUAGCUUGCCACAACGGCGCCGGCGGACCUGGUCCCUUCUGCCGGUUCGCCCUGUUUGAGCUGCAUGUGCUCUGUGGAAAUUACCGUGCCAAAAGCUGUCAUAAGCGCUUUUUCUCUUUGUACAAACGCUUUGUUGUCUAGUGUCCGUUGAGAAAGCAAAUUAAAACAUU